UAAUGGGAAUACAGGAGCUGGUUUCAUCUGAGUCCUGCACCUUUCCUUGCUGCACCUGAGACCCACAGUCCCAACCCAAGCACAGACAUGGGAGGAAAUGAAGGAGGAGGAGGAGAUAGGUGGAGUUUCUUCGGAAUCCGAUCUGUGGUACAGAAGUCCCCCACUGAUCCUGGCUCUGAAACCAGCACAGGUUUGUCUCUGCAAUCCUAUUUUGGUCUGCAGAAAUCCUCAACCAUGGAUGGCACCAACACCCAGGUCAACCUCAAGGUUGAUGACCCUACAAAAUUUAUGCCACCCAAGAUUGAAAUCUCAGACAUUGAAGCCAAGCGGCAAAACCCACGGCCGCAUAAACUCAAACCUCGGGACAUGAAUGUUUUGACACCAUCAGGCUUCUGAAGACCAGCUAUGUAGCUACUCCUCCAAUUCCACAUUCUCAAUGUUUGUUUGUUUUUUGUUUUGUUUUUUUGUCUGUCCUCUGGUUCCACAUUUACCUCCCUGUCUACCUCUGUUCCCUCUGCCUCCAUGCAAUUUCACUCAAGCUGGGGGGAAUGAGGACCCAUAGUACCUACAGUAUUAGCCAACUAGCAGCAGACUGCACUGCUACUCCUCCCCAGCUCACAGAUUCAGAUCAGUUGCUGUCUGCUGUCUAUGCCCCCUCCUCUCGUUCUAUCUUAUUAGUCCAAAUAAUACAACAAAUGGAGUAACUUCAUUUGUAACCCUAACAUUGGUACUGCUUCCUAUUGCUUUGUCACGUAAUGGGUGCGUUGGUAUGCAUCGCCUAGAUGUCCUCGUUCCAUUGUCAGCGAUGGCUUGAGAUUAACGUUGAAAUAUCUUGCCAAAUUUUGGGCAGAAGUUGUUCACUUUUAAGACUGCUGAUCAUGCUAAAGUAGUAAGGUAAUUCAAUUUAUAUCUCAGGUUCCUGUCUUUAAUAGUUUUUGGUUUAAAGUUAUGUAGUGCUUUUCUCCAUCAGCAUGCAGAGUAUCGUGGUAUAUGACUGAUAUUGUGCCUAAGUCUGCAAUGGGUUUGCUUUUGGCAUCAAAUUUCAACUUUUUUUUUUGCUUUUUUUUUGCUUUUUCAUUAUAUGUAAGAGCAUCUGUGACCAUGUGCCUGCUGACCUGAAGUUAUUUCUUUUUAUAUAUAUAUAUAUAUAUUCUGCUUUAAAUCAAGGUUUCUAAAUUUUAGGUAGUGCAGUUUGUUGGGUUUGCCACUUUUUUUUAUUUUUUUUCUUUUUUCUUUUAAACGUAGGACUAAAGUGGCCAUUGUCAACUUUUCAACUUUUUUUGCGUGUGAGUGAAUGCGUGACUGAAAUUUCCUGCUGUUUUGUUUGGGAAAAACCGAUGAAUUCUGAUAAUAAAAUGCACAAGGGAGCUCUCCCACUUUCAUCUGUAAAUAAAUCUCAUUAUGAAACGAAA